AUCUUAUUUACCUUAACGUACUUUGGUUGAAGUUGCUCCACUGAUUGGUUCACUGUAAAUUGACCAAUAACAUUUCAGAGUGGCAGCUGAUUAACCAAUCACGAAACACCUGCUGGAAGUUGGGGAAAACAGCUCAAAUGUUAUGAAUCCGCACAGCGCGAUUUUGUCCAGCCGUAUAUGUGUUCUACAGAAGCGGGGUUGAGCGGAAGACCACCCAACCUGGCAACCCUGCCCAUGGCCCGCAGCUUGUUCUGGAACUUUCCGUAGCCCCGCCCACCUGCUCCACCGUGAUGCUGACCGGAGGCUGAGCUGCUCCGAGCAAAGUCUCCUCCAUAGACUCUGUCAUGUCUCUGUAAACGUCUCGGUGUUGUGCGAGUGAUGCGGUAGGUGUUUUCUCCACUGUAUUCUGUUGAAAUGUGGUGAAGAGGGAGCUUCCUCAGCGUGUAGUAUCCAACACAGUGACUCACUGUAGGACCCUAAUGGCAGAGUUUCUUGGCUCCUUGCCAAGGUCAGGAGCGGAUUCCCGCCUCAAGAUGACGUCAGCAUAUUUGUCUUGUACUCAUAUUUAUUUAUGGUGCUGAAAACAAGUUCGCGCGGAAAGCAGCCGGUAGUGUCAUUGUUUGCCCCUCAGGUGUGUUUUAGAUCCAUAUUUUGUUUCCUUGUAGCUGUUUCGACUUCAACCUGCAGGUGGCGGUGUUGCUCAUGUUGUCAGCAGAUCUGCGCGCGCUCAUCGUGAUCAGCGUUGAAGUGUGAUGUGUGGAAAUGUUGGUGACGCUGGUGAAGAGGCCGGAAAUAAAGUUGAAGCAGAGAACAGAAGCUGCUGAUGUUGGAGGUCAGCAGACAGGUCGAGGUCAGCGUUUGUUGAUCUCAUCGCCAUAGCAACGAUCAAAGCCAUGAGCAGGAUCACCUUCAAGAAUCAUGGAGCAACACGGAGCAGAUGAAAGCAGCUCAUUCGUCAGUGAAAUGGAGAAGAUCAGAGUUGACCUGAAGAGAGAAGCCUUCUUCUGCACCAUCUGUCAGGAUCUACUGAAGGAUCCAGUUGCUCUGCCUUGUGGACAGAGCUGUGUUGAAGCUUCCUGGGACAGAGGAGAUGAGAGGAACAUCUACCAGUGUCCUCAGUGCAGACAGUCCUUCAGCUCGAGGCCUCUCCUGCAGAAGAACCUCAUGUUAUCAGAGUUAGUGGAGGAGCUGAAGAAGACUGGACUCCAAGCUGCUGGACCUGAAGAUGUGACCUGUGACUCCAGCACUGGGAGGAAGCAGAAUGCCUGUCUGGUGUCUCAGCCUCCUGGAGAAGAGCCGUCCUUCAGGAGACAGAAGCAGCUCCAGGGGACCUGCUCUCAACGUGAUGAGGAGAGGGAGAUGUUCUGUGGUACUGAUCAGCAGGUCAUCUAUCACCUCUGCACUGUGGACCAACACAAAGACCACCACAUUGUCUCGGCCGCAGCAGAGAGAGGAGAGCGAGAGAAAGAGGUGGGUCAGAAGUCGAGGAAGGAUCCAGGAGAGAGAGGAGGAGCUGAAGCUGCUUCAGCAGGAGGAGGAGAACAUCAGAGAGACUGCUGAUAAAGCAGUGAUGGACAGUCAGGAGACCCUCCAGCAGCUGAUCCAGAACCUCCAGAAGAAAGUCUGAUGUUGAGCAGCAGAUCAGAUCCUGGCAGGAGACUGAAGGCGCUGGAGUGCGAGGACUUCAGGAGCAGCUCCAGCAGGAGAUGAAUGAGCUGAAGAAGAAACUCCACAGCUCCAUGGUCCCUCCAGAGCCCAGGAGCCCAGCACAGUUCCUCACAUACUCACGGGACGUCGCUCUGGAUCCAAACACUGCUCACUGAAGGCUGAAGUUGUCUGGCAGCAGAGUGACGUUCAUGGGAGAAAAGCACUCUCCUCAUCCAGACAGAUUCAGCUCAGGUCCUGAGUGGAGGGCCUGUGACGGGACCUUGUUACUGGGAGGUGGAGUGGAGCAGAGGAGUCUUUUCUGUGGGCGUGUACCUGGAUCACUCUGCAGCGUCUCUGAAACCAUGAGCCUCCUCCACAGAGUGCAGACCACCUUCACGCAGCCUCUCCAUGCUGGAGUCAGGGUCCAUGACACGUGCGAGUUCCUGAAGCUGAACUAGUCAACAGUGUGAGGAGGACGGCAGAUCACACUUCUGCUGCUGGGUGGAGGAGCAGGUUGGAGCUGCAGGUUACUGACACAAUAAACACGGCCGAUAUUCUCACGGUUCCCGUGUCUACGUGUUUGUAUUGUCAGAACCAAGCACCACCUCAGGCACUGUCGGGUGGUCAGUGGACUCAUGCUAAACAUGUGGCAACACAUUGUCUGCAGCAACAAACAGCAGCGGCGAGUGUUGUGCAGCGUUGUUCCAGUCAGAAGUGAGUCAUCGUCGGAAAGCUCUUGUGUUCUGAACCAGAUAAAGUCCGUCGCGGAGGAGCUCACCUCACAUGAGCUUAUGUGCACACGGAACAAGGUGCGUGAGGACUGGACCAGGGACGGCAGCAAACUGACCUCCUCACUGGUCACAUGACUUGGUCCUCACAAACACGCCUGGACUGUUUUACCCAAGCUCAGUCACUGUGACUCGCGUUCAGGGAGUCAGAGCUUCAGACCACGACACAAGUCUUCAGUGGUCCAGACUCAGCACCAGCGCCGUUCCUCUCUUGACCCAGUGGUCCGGGGUCAAGGCUCCAGAUUUCAGAUCCACGGCUGCCACAAACAAGUCUGCGGCCGCCGACCCCGACCGCUGCGGGGAGGAGAAGCAGGGACACACGUAGACGCCUGCGACAGGAAGAUGAAGAAAGGAAGAUGUGCACAUGUUAGAAGUGCAAAAUUUAAAAUGAAAAAACAAAAACAGAAGAAUGAAAAAAUGAAGAUAAAAUAUGGAAAAAGAGGAAGAUGACUAAGAAAACAAUUUAACUUCACUUUCAAGAACAACUGAAAACUUUUGUCUCUUUGGGCUCCUCCUUCUAUUUCUUCUUUGUCUUCUUUCUUUCUUCUUCUUUCUCUGUGGCCUCCUCCCUUCAGGGGUGAUCAUCCUCCUCCAUCUCCCCCUGUCCUCUGCUCUCAAACCUCCUUCACCACCUCCAUCCAUCUCCUCUGUGGCCUUCCUCUCCACCUUCUGCCUGGCAGUUCCAACAUCUCAGCAUCUUCAUCUACCAAUGUACUGGCUCUCUCUCUCUCUCUCUCCUCUGUACAUGUCCGUGUUCAAGAACAACUGAAAACAAAUGGUCAAAAUCCAGAAAAAAAUAGAUUCAAAGCACAAGACAGUAAAGAAGUGGAAGACGACCAAAGAGUAAAUCAUGAAACGGAAAAAUAAAAUCAGCAAAUAAAAACAAACAAGUUAGAGUGGUGAGAAAAGAGGAAGGAGAACAAGGCAAAACUGGACGAAGAAACUCGGCAACAGAGUCAGAGAUGAGAAAAGCAGCGGAGGACGGCGCCCGGCUGCAGCGUCUGGAGCUCCGACUCACUCCUGGGGGUCUUCUUGCGGUUGUCCGAGGGUUUGAAGUGGACGCUGGGCAUCGGGCAGAACAUCUGCAUGGGCUGGGCCUCCACCAGACAGGAGUUCUUCCUGUCCCACGCUGCCCCCUGCAGGAAGAGCCCGCGCACCAGCACGCCGUCCUGCUGAGACACGGACAGCGGCGUCACACGACCCGGUCGCUGCGGGCCGACAUGGGA